AUGAUCGAUCCCAUAACCACCGUUAUCACCAACGACGAUGAUGAUGAUGACAAAACAAAAUCAUCAAUUUCAAAACCACCUAGACCCAAACGAAGAAUAUGUUUCUCAUUCACAACAUACGCUAACAACCUAAUACACCGUCUCAAAUCCUCCAACGUUAUCAUCGAACAAGGACUCUCCGACACUGAAUUCUCAUUCCUCGAAUCAAAUCUCAACAUAACAUUUCCACCUGACCUUCGUGCAAUUCUCCAACAGGGUCUUCCCGUCUCUCCUGGUUUUCCAAACUGGCGUUCAUCGUCUCAUCAACAGCUCCAAAUUAUUCUCAACCUUCCAGUAUCUUCCAUUCUCCGUCGUGUUUCGGAUAACCGUUUUUGGCAUCCGUCGUGGGGUCCACUACCGGAGGAUCCGUUAGCUUCCGCGGAAAAGAUAUUGAACGGUGCACCGAGGCUAGUUCCUGUUUUUCGACAUUAUUAUAUAGUUUCGUCUCCUAAUGCUGUUGGGAAUCCGAUUUUUUACGUUGAUCGUGGUGGGGAUGUUCGUUUGGCGAGCUUUGAUGUUGUUGGGUUUUUUCGAGAUGCGGGGUUUUUGAACGGGGUUGAGGAAGUGGAGGAUCCGGUUUGGGCGGCGACGAAGACGAGAGAGGUUGAGGUUUGGUCGGAAGUGGCGAAUGGGAGAGGGGAGAGAGGGUGGAAGUGGUGGUGGGAUGAUCGGAGAGACAAAUUGGAGAGGUGUAUGAGUGGGGUGUUGCGGAAGUUGAGGGAAGGUGGGUGGAAAGAGGAAGAGAUACUCGAGAUGAUGAAUGAGGGUGAUGAAGAAAAGGAGAAGCGUGUGCAGCACGUGAGUGUUCUGGGGUUGCAGUUAUUGUGUGCGGGAUGGAGUAGAGAAGAUGUAGUGUACUCGCUUGGGGUUGAUUUUGAAAGAAGCCACCGGCCCGCCACUGCUGCCGCUGAUGUCGGUCUCAAGAUGAAUCAGCAUUGA